AUGACGAAAACGCAGCAACGAGGCCAGUCAGCACGGACGUGCACGGUUCAACGGUUGAAACCCGUCACUGAAGGCAACAUGAAAACGACACCGGUUACGACCGAUGGCGACUACUCAAGGAAGGCAUUCCGCACAGAGGUCACCUGUUAUAAUUGUAGGGGUACUGGGCAUAUUUCGAGGGAUUGUCCACGACAUAAACGUCCUAUGAAGUGUUCAGGUUGCGGAUCUGAUGAACAUCGUCGAAGGCCGUGCCCUAAUGAAGCAACCGGAUCGUCAACCGAAACAAACACGCCCCGUCAAUUGGCGAACCUUGUCGAUUCAACCGCAGUACGGCAUACAAAAAACCAUUUCACGAAAACCAUUAUGCUGGACGGUACUCCAGUGCAUGGAAUAGUGGAUACGGGCAUUAUAAGUGUUCUGAUCCGUGACUCGGUCGCACGUAGAGCCAGACAAGUGACAUGUCCAUACUGUAUUCCGUAG